AUGGGGAAUUCAACAGAUUUUAAAGGGGAAUUUACAAUUUAUCCUCCGCUUACGAAUGAACAGAUUCAAAAUGCAACAGAUUGUUUUGAGGGUUCAAAGUCACAUAUGUAUUUACAACACAGAAAUGCUGAAUUUCUUGAUUACCAUGGGGACAUGAAUUGGGAAGGUAGCUGGUCCGUUUCUCCUUCUGGGGAUAAAAUAUACUUCAAUCCAAUGGACAGGCUCUACGAGGGGAAAGGCUAUUUAAAGUACUUAAUAGAGCAUGCAAUAAGGUCAACUCAUUCCACUGUAAAUGGUGAGAUGAUUUUUCUUAAUGAAUAUGGUUCUUUUGGAAUAUUAGGUGUUGAAAAUAAUGAAGUAUAUGUUAUUGGUUAUUUAAAGGAAAAUGACUUACCACUUUGUGUAGAAGCACGAGAAAAGGCCAUCAUGCUGAAAUCCUACUCAUAUAGUAUCAACAUAAACCAGAUCCCUAAAGAUUUUAGCAGCAACCUGUUGAUACCAGCAAUUUUCAGGUACGAUAUAGCGCUGAAACUCACGAGGAACACAGAAUUCGUCGGAUCGUUUAAUGUCGAAAAAAUAUUCAAUUUUGAAAAGUAUUUGAUGACGAAAAGUCCUAAAGAGGAAUAUAUCGACAGCAAGGUUGAUGAAGAGCUAAAAAAACAUUCUGAGUGUUAUAAAGAUAUUCCCGGAUUUCUAGCUGAAAAAGAAGAGCGCAUACGUCAAAAUAUUGAGAGCAAGUAUCCAUAUAUUGCAGAGCAUAAUAUAGAUGGUACAGUUGGUGAUAAAUCAACUAAGAAUGAAUGGAUACUCUCCGAUGAUCAACAAAACCUCGAAUGGUCAGGUAAAAAAUUUAUAGCUCCUCUUCACUGGCUAGUAUUUUUAAGCUUCCUGUGCUUUGAUGUUCGGGGUUCAAUCAAAUGGGUAAAUGAACUAAAUGAACUGGGGUUGAUAACAGUAGAAAGAAUUGAAAAUCUGAAUUAUGGUAACAAAAACUUCGUAUUCAUAGAAUUUAAUGGAAAAAAAUAUUUGGCCAAUAUCUCAUGGAGCUAUUAA